CGACGCCCUCGAGCACGAGCCCCCUAGCUCCCGUCGCCCAGUUCAGCGGAGAGAGCGAGAGCCUAGAACCAGGAAGCGAAAGCAUACACAUGGAGGGUGUGUCUGGCCCCGCCAGCCCAGCUUUUAUUUUUAAAAACACCGUCCUCCGCGGUUGAUUUAAUGGGGGACACGGCAAAGACCAAGCGGCGGGAGCAGCUGAAGCGCUGGGCCGGCUCCUCCACCGACAAAGCGUCCGACGUUCCCCGGCGGAGGUGGCGGGGCGAUGCCGGGGAGGCCGAGGCCGAGCUGGGCGGCGAGGCGCCGGGGGUGCAGCAGCCGGAGUCAGCGGGCAGAGAUGAGAGCAGCCCCAUCCCGGGUGGACGGAAGAGGGUGAGGUUCGACAGCGCCGCCGAGUUCCUCGCCGCCUGCGCCAGCGGCGACACGGAGGAGGCCAAGGCGAUGCUGGAGGAGACCGAGCAGUCCAAAACGGGGAACGGGGAGAGCCUGCCGGACAUCAUCAACUGCUCCAACGCCGAUGGCAUCACCGCGCUGCACCAGGCCUGCAUAGACGGCAGCAUCGAGAUCGUGACCUUCCUGCUGGAGCACGGCGCCAACGUGGACCAGGUUGACAGUGAGGGAUGGACGCCGCUGCACGUGGCUUCCUCCUGCGGCUACCCUGACAUUGCAGAAUUCCUCCUUCAGAAAGGUGCGUCUCUGACUGCUGUGAACUGUGACGGCGAUGUUCCUCUGGACAUUGCUCUGGACGAGACCACCGAGUCCCUUCUUCAUCACUACACACAAAGACAAGGUGUGGACCUGGAGGCAGCUAAGCGCAGGGAGGAGGAGCAGAUGAUGUCAGACGCCCGGACCUGGCUGAACGAUGGUCCGCCUGCUGAUGUCCGAGACCCGAGAACCGGCGCCACGCCGCUGCACGUCGCUGCAGCUAAAGGAUACGUGGAGGCUCUGAAGAUCCUGUGUCAGUGCGGGCUGGACGUGUCGGCCACAGACUUUGACGGCUGGACGCCUCUCCACGCUGCAGCUCACUGGGGUCAAGAGGAGGCCUGUCGCAUCCUGGCCGAGCAGCUGUGCAACAUGGAGGCUCGCAGCAACGGGGGUCAGACGCCGUUCGAGGUCGCUGACGAAAGCGUCGCAGAGCUGCUGGAAGAGUUGUCACAGAAACAAGCCAACUGGCGCAACGAGCGGUCGAUAUCAGAGAGGCAGAACCAACCCGGCCAAAAUGCUGCAAACGCACAAAACAAGCGAAGGAGGACGUCUGUGUGCAGGAUGAGCAGUAAAGACAAGAUAAACGUGCAGGAUCUGUCUAAGGAAAGGGGCGUCUCAGGAGACCUGGACAUGAGCGAGGAGAAGGAGAGCAGCACGGAAGGCUCCACCGCGUCCAGUCCAGACACUGAGAGUGGGACCACAUCUACCGUCAGUCCGGCGGAGAAGCCUUCUGAGAAGAAGGAGGAGGAUGAUGAGGAGGAGAAGGAGCAGGACAAGGCGAGCCGCACCGCCAGAGUCCAGCCCACUCCUCAGAGCAGGGACGGGGCCGCCGAGAGCCCCGUGGCUCCAAACGCAGACAAGAAGCAGCAGCAACCCAAACAGUUCCAGGCAGCAGAUAGAGACGAAGAGUCCGAGUCCCAGAGGAAAGCUCGGUGUCGGCUGAUGCGACAGUCCCGUCGCCUCACUCAGGGUGUGACUUUGACUGAGCUGAAAGAAGCGGAGAAGAGCAUGGAUAAAGCUGCUGACCCGGCUCCUCCUCCUCCACGAAACGUCCAGUCAGUGAGCCCCAUCAUCACCGUUACGCCCACUGAACAGGACAACGAUCCGGUGAAGCAGGUGGAGUCGGAGGGAGACAAGCGCUUGGGAGCGAAGGACAGGAGACGAGGGAGGAGGGAGAGACGCUCCACCGGCAUCGUUCAGCUGGAUUCGGAGAACGAUGAUGGUGAAGCCCAGCUGGGAGACGCAGACAGCAACAGCACUGAGAGAGAGUCGUCUUCAGACUUCAAAAUGCUGUACAUCAAGGUACUGCAGGAGAACAUGGCUCUGAAGGACAAGCUGCAAGAGAUGGAGCUGCAGCUCAAACUGAACAAAGUGGAGCUGGAGAGGCUUCAGCAGAGUGAGGAGAGCAGCGCUGACAGACCGGCCCUGAUCGAGCUGGAGAGAUUUGAAAGGCUGUCCCUCCAGAGGAAAGUGGUGGAACUGGAGGAUGAGCUGAAGGUUCUGGGGGACCUCAGAGCAGACAACCAGAGGCUUAAAGACGAGAACGCCGCACUCAUUCGAGUCAUCAGCAAACUCUCAAGAUGAACUGCCAUAACCAUACGGACAAAAAGUAUUACACCACUCACCCGUUGCCCAAACUCAGAGGACGUAAACCACUAAGGGAGACGCAGCGGAGAGCUGCAGACGCCCGGUUCACCGCCCGCCAGUGUUUUGGGCCUUUACGUUUUGGCAGAUCUACUGUUUAACAAGCCCAGCUGCAACUCCUGUGGACCAACAGGAUGUUCCCAUCCACUUUUAUAUUAGGUUUUUAUUGCAUCUUUUUUUUUUUUUUUUUUACCUGCAAUGUUUUAUUGUGCUUUGCUUCAGUGAUCCUUUGUAUGAAAUCUGUAUUUGGAGACUUAAAGCCAUGCACAGCGAUAGCUCACAGUAAAGGGGUGUGUUGGACACAAGACUUAAAUGUGCCAAAAGGAGAGAGAGAAAAAAGAAACAGUCCCAGUUUUGCACAUCUUUUAGGCAAAAAAAAAAAGUGGGUAGUAUUGUUUCUCAGGAUGAGUCCUUUUUCCCCAACAUUUACUAUUUUUUUGUCGGCUGCUGUACCAGUGGACCAAAACCCUGCAUGCUCAUCUCUCCCCGUUCCUCCCCCUCUGUGCAUUUCAUGUGUUUAUAUUGCAGCCGCCUGUGGGGGGGUGGGGGGGAGGGGGCAUACUGCUGUGUUACAGACUGAGUGUUUGGGUGCUAACGGAGACAUUGUGAGGUGAAGCUCAGGUUCAGAUACUUCAAAUAAUGUUACAGUUCAGAUCCCUUUCUGGUGGUUGAGGAGAAUCUGACUUCUGUACUGUGUUGUCUUUUUUUUUUUUUUUUUUUUUUUUGCCAUGUUGACUUGACGCUUCUUAGUAUUCACCUUGUGACGGACAGCUGUUGUUUAACAGACAGGCCAGAUGGGUCAUCCUUUUGAAUGUUUACUUCCCCUGCGAGACCGAAACCGCAUGUCAAAUUGUAUUUUGAAGCUGUGCCUUUGGAUAUACAUUUGUAAGUAAUAUUUCUAUUUUGCUUUGGCAUUGUACAAGGUUGAGUAUAAAAUACAACGUGGGUAUAAAUAAUUAAGGAUGUGUGGCCUCUUACUGUUUGACUCCUGCAGCAGACCCUGUACUGCAAAAAUAACAUUUGUGCCAUUACAAAAUCAUCUCAACAAAGGGCGCCGAUAGCACCCACAGUUUGUACAGGAUUUCUCAUUUGGUGACAAUUAUUUAAAAAAUAAACUGCAUAACUGGUUUGCCACUCUGUUGGUGUCAGCCACUAGGCCUG